UCCUAUUGAGUGUCCAUUCAUUGAUAACCUGAAGGAUAGCGCGAAGGGAACGUCAUGUAUGGCCAGUCUGUCUGACAAACUCACGCGCGCCUGUUGUAAGAGAUUCCUGGAUAGGGCGGCCAGUAUACCUGAAAAGGAACGGGAUCAUCAGACCCAAUGCGAGACCUUUAAAAACCUACGCAAUUGUGUGGAGCAUAUCGCUGAAGCCGAUUGCGUCAGAGGCGGCACAAGUGUAUCG